ACUGGUUAAACCAGGCUGCUAAAUUUAAUAGUGGUGAAUAUGGGAGAAAUAGUUGAUCUUGAGUAGAUAUGUGGCUAUUAUGAGAAGUUUGUACAGAUCUGUUUGCGCAUCUUGAAGAUGCCCGCACAAGUAGGUGUGAAAGCCUCUGUUCAAUUAGGAACGAAUGCGCAAUUCCUCGAGUGCUGUCUGGUAAGACUGGGGGCCUUACCUGGGGCUCGAUUGACACGAAUAAACAGAAGGAUAUAGUAGAAAUAUAUCCAUUGUCUAAUUCGUUGAGAUGCUUACUGUUUAGCGGCAGUGGAGCGUCUGGGGAAGCCCUUACUAUUCUAGGUGACACUAGCUAGUCGUCAAAUAAAGGAAGAUAACAUGUUUGACAUAUGUAUAUAUUGAAAUGUGACAUUGUGUAAAUUGAUGUUGACUGAGAUGAUGCAAGGGAAUGGAAGUUCCCCGGUGAGUAUAUUUUAUUAUUGCCAAAAGUUGACAGAACAGUAAAUAUUGUUUUUUUUUUUAUUAUUUUUAUGUGAUGUUCGAGUUUAUGUCUAACAAUAUAAGAAGGAUGACUGUUGAGUGAAUUUGCAUUGUAGAGACCCAUUGGCUAUGAACAACUCUAGACAGUUAUAAUUAUGGCGAAAAGAGCAUUAACGGACACGGAGUUAGAGGAACUAUUAUACGUAGACGAGGAGGAGUUUGACUUGGAUCAGUUUAGUUCAGAGAGUGACGAAUGGGAGGAUAUAGAUCAAAAUCUCAGUGAAAAUGAUUCUGACGAAGAGUCUGAGGAACGUGUUUAUAACUUAAAUUUAUGGAGGCCAUGGACAGCAAAUGAACCAAGAUUUAAAAUAUUCCCUUUCUUAGAAGAUGUUGGAUACCAUCCACCACGAAAUAACCAGCCAGUGUCCGAACUAGAUUUUUUUCAGUUAUUUUUUACGGACGAACUUAUACAAGCAAUUGUGGAUGAAACAAAUAGAUAUGCUGCAGAAAAAAUUUUAAUAAACACGCCGCUCACAAAAAGGUCAGUUUGGAAGUCUUGGAAACCAGUCACAUUAGAAGAAUUUAUGCAUUUUUGGUUGUUUUACUUAAUAUGGCCUUAAAUCCAAAGACCGAACUAUCUGACUAUUUUUCUAAUAACUGGAUCGACCAUCAACCCUUUUUCAAAGAUAUUUUUUCGAGGGACAGAUUCAUGCAAAUUUUUUGGAAUCUUCACGUUUCUCCACCCGAAGAAGAGCAGAUGGGAGUGAAGAGUCGUAGCGCCAAAGUGAAAAAUGUGUUAUGGUAUCUGGAAACACAAUUCAAGAAGUUUUAUACUUCAGAUAAGAAUAUUUCUGUAGACGAAAGUACUAUUGGUUUUAAAGGCAAAGUAUCCUUUAAAGUUUAUAAUAAAGCCAAACCUACAAAAUGGGGAAUAAAAGUAUAUGUGCUUGCAGAUUCAAAAAAUGGUUACAUAUUUACGAUGGAGCCAUAUUUGGGAAUUCAAACAACCCAGGGAUUGAUACGCCCAGAUUUACCAGCAACCGCCCGCAUAGUAGUUCAUUUGGUGCAAAAACUUCUUAAUUCUGGAACUGGUUCGGGAGGUUACCAUAUAUUUAUAGAUAGAUAUUAUUCAAGCCCUUUGUUAGCACGCGAGUUACAUAAAAUAAACAUACAUGUAGCGGGUACUGUAAUGGCUAAUCGACAAGGAAUUCCGACAGAAUUAACUACCGCAUAUACAAGAAAAUUUAAAAAAGGCGAGAUAUCUUCCAGACAUGACAAUUCUAUAUCAGUACUGGCAUGGAAAGAUAAAAGAGUUGUUCUUAUGUUAUCUAGUGUAUAUGACAACUCAGUACAAAAUAUAACCAGGCGAACGAAGACCGCUGAAGGGCGUUGGAUUGAAGAAGUCAUAGAAAAACCUACAGUUAUAUAUGAGUAUAACAAAUUUAUGGGAGAGGUUGACGUUGCUGAUCAUUAUGCAGCAAGCUACCAAUUUUUGCGAAAAACAAGUAAAUGGUGGCGAAAAGUAUUUUUCUGGUUAUUAGAUGUGUCGAUAAAUAAUGCCUUUAUAUUACAAAAAAUAGCAACAAAUAAUCAGCAACUUCGAUCGAGGAAUUUCAGGAAAAAAUUAGUUAUUCAAUUAGUUGGAAACUACAGAAAUACAUCCAGACGUCGAUCAGCUUAUGGUGCCGAGGAUAUUUCUCGUCUAAAUAAUAGGUUCCAUGCCAUUUAUGCAAGAAAAAAUAAUUCCGAUUGCAAAGUUUGCAGUGAUCAAUCAAAAAAAGGUGGCCGAAAAACUACUACCUAUUAUUGCAAAACAUGUCAAGACCACCCUGCUUUGCAUCCCGGGGAGUGCUUUGAUAAAUAUCACACCGAGGAAAAUUACAGAUAAAUACGUGUUCUUUUUUGUUUUUUUUUAGAAUAAAUAUCAUGCUUUCCUAUAAACUAUAAAAUGCGUUUUAUUUUUAA